AUGAAGCCUGUCACAUCAUUAUCAUUGGGUCGUAAGCUACCGUCAGCCGGAUCACUGCUGGUUGGUAUACUGGUGGGCUUGCUGGUAGCUUCGCUGUUACGACGUGGAGAUUCUAACACAGAAUGGCGUGGAAGUGGAUCAAAGAAUUUAAGACCUAAUGCUAUAUCUGGAUCACAAAGAUUACAACGAUCACAAAUCACAUUACCAUCAUUACAACAACGAUUACAUAUCUUACAAUUAGUAGGAACUUUAUCAGCACAUCAUACAAAGGAAUGUCUGAGACAGCCCCAACAAAUAUACGUUGAUCAAGCAAAAGAAAGAUAUUUACCUUUGUUUGGCUUCAAGAAAUCAUGGUCAAACUCAGGAUCAUGGUUAGCUAAAAUGUUUGGUGGUUCAAAAGAUGCAGAACAAUUAAUGGGUAAAAACCAAAAUGCUUAUAUUGAUAGAGGUAGGAAAAUGGAGAAUAUCAAAAGAGAUUUAGUACAAUCACAACAUAAAUAUUUCUUCGCAAUCAAUUUGUAUAACUCAUUUGACGUUAUACCUGAUAUCUUCGCUACUUUAUUCAGAACAGCAGCUAUAUUAGGAUAUCAUAAUGUUUUCGUAUCAAUUUACGAAAAUGGUUCAAAUGAUCAAACUAAAGCUUUACUCAAGAUAUUCGAUUCAUUAGCGAGAACAGUUGGAUUGAGGAUUAUCAUCAGAACCUCAAUGAGAACAAGAGGUCAAUUCAAUCAUCGAAUUGAAUAUUUGGCUGAAGUUAGAAACGCAGCCAUGGUUCCUUUACACGAAUUAAGGGAUAAUGAAGGAGAAGUUUUCGAUUCAAUCGUUUUCAUGAACGAUAUCUUACCUUGUGUGGAUGAUUUAUUGGAAUUAAUUUGGCAAAGCAGAAGACAAAAUGCUGGUAUCACAUGUGCCGCUGAUUACAUGUAUCACGAUGAUAUUGGAGCACCCGUAUUCUACGACAACUGGGUAGCGCGAGAUAUCAAUGGAACUGCAUUGGAGAACGCACCAUUUGAGCAAGUCUUCCAUCACACCGAAUCGAAUCACCGAUUCCAAAGACAUCUUCCUAUCCAAGUCCAAUCAUGCUGGAAUGGAGUUGUAGUCAUGGAUCCUGCACCAUUCUACCAUCCACCUCAUGUCAAGUUCAGAAUGGCAAGAUUACCUGAAGGUGAAUGUUCUGCUUCAGAGUGUUCCUUGAUUUGCAAUGACUACUUUAACGCCGGUUACGGUAGAAUCGUCAUGGUGCCCAGAGUGAAACUUGCUUAUGACAAGAAAGUAUAUGACAUUAUUCAUCCCGAGCGACGGAACUUAACCGCCAUUCGAGGUUACAAACGAAUUGGAGGAUUACCCGAUGACCCUCGAACUGAUCCUCAAGAUAGGAGCUGGUACGGUCCCCAUGAUAGACUGUUCACUGACGACGAGAAUGAGGAGGUGGCCUUCCAACCCGGACCAGAAUAUGUUUGGUGUUGGGGUUGGGAUGGUGCAGGUGAUUUGGAUGGUCCAGAUGUCGAUCCUAUUUGGGAACACAUGCAACCUAGAUCAUAUUCUCAAGAAGCCAUAGAUGUGAAACAUUUCAGAAAUCUGCCUGGAUGGUAG